AUGCCGAUUUUAAAAAACCAUGAGGUCUGGAUCGAGUCGGAUCAGAAGCGCUAUGAGGAAUACCAAACAGAAGUUGAGAAUGAUGUAGUGACGUGCUAUAUUGUUAGCGAGGCUGGAAAGAUAUUUCAAAUCCAAUGGAAAAAUCAUGAGUGUCCAUUGGAGAUAUCUACCCGUGCUACAGUAGAAACGGAUGGAGUUCAUAUGAGAACUAAGACAUGGUGCCAUGAGGAUGGGGAAAACUGUGGUUCCAUACGAGGGGUGAAUCAAGACACCAAAACAUAUUGGCCAUACAAAUUCGCACAUGUCAUUCUGACAGACAACGGUGGUGUUGCAGCAUCAAAGGAUAUGGGUACCAUAGUGAUCUCUCUUUUUCGUGUCAUUGUCACUAGUACUUCAAGAUCAGAAAAGUGCAAACCAAGGACUGUACCUAUUGACCUUGACAUGCCACUCAACAAAAAGUCUAAUAAAAUGGGGUGCCACAGAAUUGGGCUUGGUGAUACGGUGCAUGAUCCUAAUAGGCGACUGCGUACGAUCCGCACGAAGCCAUACGGUAUAGAUGUUAGCCCAUAUGUGACUUUCCGAUUUAUCUAUCGUCCAAAGGAAAUUCUUCAAGCUCUCGAGGUUAUUCCAGUUGCGCGAACUGAGAAGAGCAAACGUGCUAGAGAGCCACUGUCUGUUGCAGGACGGUCAAAUACCACACCCGCCCAGAAUCAACGUAAAAGACGACGAAUGUCCAACGCUAAGGCUGAGAGGGACGUAACAAACCUAUCGGAUAUUGAUCAAACGGAGCAGGAACUACUUAAACAGCGAGCAGAAGUUGAUCGUAAGCUCAAAGAACUGAGGAAGAGCAAGGGUAAAGCGAGCGCAAGAGUAAAGCUGGAAGUGAAGGUAGAAGACGAGAUUUCAAUGUCCGCGGCAUUUGUUCUUGAUACAAACGGCGCGAUUGACCUCACUCUUGACUAAUGGUCAAACGCUGAGGCGACUAUACCGUUG